CGGUUUGCCAAAACAAUAAUAAAUAUCAGUUCACAACGUGCGUUCGUUCGUUUCGUACGAUUUCUCUCGCGUCUUUGUAAUUUCGUUAUCGUCUUUGCGUUUUAACACUUCUAACGGGUAUUUUUUUUUUCAAAAUUCAUACUCGUGCCACUGUCGGUCGAUACGGUAUCGAUAUCGCCGACGGUUUGAUCGUCAUAACUCACAGGCAAGUCACUGGAUGCCAUCAAACUAUUCACAUACGUGAACGCUGCACGUGUUCGGACUGUUCGGAGACCGGAAUCCUUACAGCCCACGGGCUACGAGUCGUGUUAUUUUCAAAAGAUAUUCCUUUCCACCCUGCAAUAAUUUGGAAUUUUAUUGAACGCUGUCUUUAUGUAAUGGUGCGUUACAGUAACAUGACUGAAAAUAUUAUUUUACAAUAAGAGAUCAAAAUCUUGAAAUACAAGAACACGCAAUAUGAUGACAAUUGGAAUCUUAACGAUCAUUGUUUUUGGCAUGUCCGUCUUCGUCACAGAUGGGACGAAAUGUGUUAAAUCGAAAGACGCGAAAGGGUGGUACGUCAACUGUGGCUAUCAAGAAUUUCAAUCAGUACCCAAUGACGAGUUAGAAGACGUCGAGACUUUCAACCUCGAGCACAACUACAUCGGCAAGUUGCACAACAACAGUUUCGCCCCGUACCCGAACAUCAAGCAUCUGAGGUUGGCGUUCAACAAGGUGCACACCAUCGAUCAAGGGUCGCUGGCGUCGCUCAGCGAGUUGGACAUCCUGGACCUGUCGCAGAACGCCGUCAGGACGGUGCCGGGCGGACUGCCCAAAUCGCUGACCCACCUGAACCUGAACGCCAAUCCGGUGGACGUGGACAUGCGGCCGCUGGCCACCGCCGUCGGACUGCGGACGCUGCAGCUCAAGGGCUGCGACCUGAAAGCGUACCCGGCGCUGGGCAUCAUGCCCAACCUGGUCACCCUGGACGUGUCCGAGAACUACGACAUCGAGGACCUGGACCCGGCCCAGCUGGCCGUCACGUGCCGCCUGGCCCGGCUCAACAUCACGGGCGCCAGCAAGCUGUUCCGGCCCGGCCAGCAGGGCGCCCAUUGCCGGUGCCGGCGCGUCGUCCAGUGGACCGAAACGCACAAGGUGGCCCUGUACGGUCUGGGCCAUCCCGUCCAGUGCCCGGAACCGGUGGACGGGGACGGCGAGGCCGACGACCGCGACGACCCGAACAGCGACGCGUGCGCCCGGGCCCCGGAACAGGCGCUGGCCGUGUUCAAGGAGUGCAUGGCCGAGUGGGAACACCGGAACACGCCGUACUGGGCCAUCGCUUCCGGUCUGGCGAUCGCCGUGGCCCUGAUGGUCGGCCUGUGCGUGUGCAUGCGCCGCCGCCGGAGGAGACGCCGUCGCCGCGCCGCCGCAGCCGCCGACAAGUCGCAGGCCGCCCAAUCGCCGCCGUCGUCCGACGUCAAAUCGGCCGUCAACAACGACUCGGCCGGCCACAAGACCGAACCCGCCGCGCUCCUGUCGUCGGCCGCGUGAAUCGCGUCUCCGUCCGAUUUUUCCGAGUUUUAAAUCCUUUAAAUUUUUUUUUUUUUUCAUUUAACAAAUUUGCCCGCGUGUGUGUCGUCGUUUAAUGGCCUAUUGCAAUGAACGCUAUGCGUUAAAAAAAUAUUGUGCCUCCCCCGCGCACAUAAUAUUAUAUUAUACGCGUUUGCAUAGUGUACAUUCACAUAUAAACACGAUAUGCCGUUCACAUAAAUGUUUAUUCUUUUUAUUUUCGUUUUUUGUCAUACUAUGUGUGUACUUAUCAUAUUAUCGUACGCCUCCUCUUCCCACGAAGGGCUUACGAUUUUUAAUAUUAUAAAAAUAAUUUACGUAAAAGCGUGUGUAAACGAUAUCGAUGACACGCCUCUGUACGAUAUGACCCGUUAUGCACGACGAAUAUUAUAUAUACCUAUUAUAUAUUAUCUAUAAUAUUAGUAAUCGAAAAAGUAAAAAAAAAAACUAUUGUAAUGAUCUCUGAGAUUUCACAUUUAGAUCCCUUCGCGCGUAGCGACGCACUUUUUCAAGUCUCGCGACGAUCGUGUAAUUUUUUUUCCUUCUUCUCGAAGUCUCAUACAAUAUUAUCAUAUUUAUAUAUAGAAAGAAGCUGGUACGUCGGGCGACGUGUGCACCAUAUUACGACGUAUAAUAUACAUAGGAUUAAAACAUAAGUAUACCAUAAUGUCGCAACGGUUAGUGUUCUGUAAAAUGUGGUGGUUCUUGUUUAUGUCUCGGACUUCGGAGAGUAUAUAGAGAUAUUCUUCCCUGUUAUGAUUUUACACACACAUAAUUAUAGAGAAACAGUGUUCCGUAGAUUUAGGUGCGACCGAAUUUUCCGAUCAACUACACGAGGAUUAUUCGUGGCGUUUAUACGCUUUCCUGUAUUAUAAUAAUCGCAUGAUAUAAACCCAUCAUGUACUAUUAAACGGUAAAUAUACUAUAAAUCAUUAAUAAUAUUAUAUAUAUAAAUAAAUUAGUCACUAGACAUAAUAUUAUCUGUUUUUUUUUUUAUUAUUAUUAUUUCAAUUCGUAAAACAUAUUACCGUGUAUAAUGAUGCAAUUACUAGCUUUACAAUAAUAAU